AUUCAGGAAGUUACAGCUAACCUCGCGACAGUACGCGACGAGAUUUCAGAACUCAAAACUAAACUUGGCACGGAAGUGAAUGACCCAGUGAUACUCAAACAGAAACUAGAGGAAUGUGAGCAACACAAACAAGAAUUAACCAAAGAAAUCACAGUGUCAAAAAGGAGGAAGUUCGAACGCGACACACUGGACUACGAACGUGGCCGAGUCUACCAGUGGAGAAAUCCAACACCAAAAACUCGCUCUGUACAACAACCUCCAGCGAGAAGACAUCGCAACACGCGCGCUUCCCAGCAGGUGAUGACCACCACGGACGAAUACGAGUCAGAAUCCAGUAACUUCUCUCAAACCAGUGGUCCUUUUUUAGGGGGCAGAACAAACCAAGGACAAAGACGCCUACCACCACGAGGCAAACAACAAAGAAACCGUGCAGACGGUCGCUAAAAAAGAAGAGACGCCAAGAGCCACAGUUUCAGUGCUACACCAACACCAACCGACCACAAUGCAGAGUUGGGAGCCGCCGCAGCAACCCCAGAGACCAGCGAAGAGCAGAAUGAUCACUCGACUACCACAUUCAGAGAUCUCAGGGACCAGCAUGGGAUCGAAGAUGGCCCCGAGCUUCGCCUCCUUGUACUGCUGCCUCUUUGAACAGCAACACAUCUGGGAUGAAUGCAACCCUCAUCUUCAACACAUCACUAACUGGAAACGCUACAUCGACGACGUGUUCUUUAUUUGGCAAGGUACAGAGAGUCAGCUCAAAACAUUCCACGAAUACAUAAAUUCACGUAACACACACUUAAGAUUCACCAUGGAAUACAGCAAACAUCAAAUGAGCUUUUUAGACAUACUGGUGUAUAGGCAUGGAGAACACUUAGGUACCACUCUUUACCGUAAGCCAACUGACAAAAACUCAAUCCUACACGGCCUUUCAUAUCAUCCAGUUCCACUGAAAAAAAGUUUACCCAUUUCACAGUUUAGCCGCAUCAGACGGCUCUGCAGCAAAGACGAGGACUUUCAGAAGGAAGCCCAGGACCUGGAGGCCCGGUUCGGAGACAGACAGUACAAGCCUGAGUGGAUCACAAGCGCUAGGAGGCGCUUCAACGGUGUCCCUGUGGGCUGGCCUACAUUGGAAAAACAACCAGGAGCUUGAAAACCAGGAUAGCUGAACAUCGGUCGAAUAUCCGCAACCACAACGAGAAGAGUCCAGUGGCGCUUCACUUCACAGCUGCCUCACACAACGUCUCAACUCUCAGGUACAUAGGCAUUGAACAUGUCAAGUGCCCAAGUCGUGGAGGGGAUGUGAAUUCCCUUCUACUAAAGAGAGAAGCAUUCUGGAUAUACACAUUGGGGACCCUGUCUCCUAGAGGGUUAAAUGAAGACUUUGACCUGAGACCUUUCCUGUGAAUCCAAUCUUACUAGCUCCUGGUCUUUAGA